CUGGGGUGAGAGGCAAACAGACAAAGCCUCUAGGAGCAGAUGCCUGGUGCCUUCACCCCUGGGGAGGACAGGCUGCCUGAGGGGGAUAAUGAUUGCUGCUGGGUCUCUAAAUUGAGGGGACAGCUAAAGCCCAAAGCUUCUUCUAAGGGAGGUUAGAAUUUCAUCAGAAAACAAGUCUGGUCACAUGAGAAUUUCUGGCACUGUGUGCAUGGCAGGCUGGACACCAGCCUGCCGGAAUUGAGCGAGUGGAUCGUACUGGCUUCAGCGGAGGGGAAAAGUCCCAGCCUGGCCUGGAGGAAGGAGCCGCCUGACUGUGGGCACGAGCAGGGUAGCUGCUGCAUGGGACGGGGCUCUAACGCCCCAAGCCCCCUUUCUUCUAACCCUAGAGAAAGUGUGUGGUCCAGGGACCGAAGACCGAAAGAUGCCUAAGGAAUGCAAUGCUUUCCACGCCCUCUCGGCAGCUCUGUGCUGCUUCUAUCACCGCAAGUCUUUUCUUGGAGUCAAGUUCUCCAAGGAGAGGCACAUCAUGGACAGGACCCCCGAGAGGCUGAAGAAGGAGCUGGAGGAGGAGCUGCUGCUGAGCAGCGAGGACCUGCGCAGCCACGCCUGGUACCACGGCCGCAUCCCCCGACAGGUGGCAGAAAACCUCGUGCAGCGGGAUGGCGACUUCCUGGUUCGUGACUCUCUGUCCAGCCCCGGAAACUUUGUCCUGACCUGUCAGUGGAAGAACCUCGCUCAGCACUUCAAGAUCCAGCGGACGGUGCUGCGGCUCAGCGAGGCCUAUAGCCGCGUGCAGUACCAAUUUGAGAUGGAGAGCUUCGACUCCAUCCCCGGCCUGGUGCGCUGCUACGUGGGCAACCGCCGGCCCAUCUCCCAGCAGAGCGGAGCCAUCAUCUUCCAGCCCAUCAACAGGACAGUGCCCCUGCGGUGCCUGGAGGAGCGCUACGGCACCUCUCCAGGCCGGGCCCGGGAGGGCGGCCUCACUGAGGGAAGGCCCGACAUGGCCAAGAGGCUGAGCCUCACCAUGGGCAGCGUCCAGGCCCGAGAGCAGGGCUUGCCCAGGGGAAACCUCCUCAGAAAUAAAGAGAAGAGUGGGAGCCAGCCAGCCUGCCUGGAUCACAUGCAGGACAGAAGAGCCUUGUCCCUCAAAGCCCACCAGUCGGAGAGUUACCUGCCCAUUGGCUGUAAGCUGCCCCCUGGUGUGGACACAAGCCCCUGCCCAAACUCACCCGUCUUCAGGACGGGCAGCGAGCCCACCCUGAGCCCGGCGGUGGUUCGGAGGGUCUCUGCGGACUCGAGGGCGGGGGAGGCGCUGAGGGGCUCAGACAGCCAGCUGUGCCCCAAGCCACCCCCCAAGCCCUGCAAGGCGCCCUUCCUCAAGGUCCCCCCGUCCCCAUCCACCUGGCUCAACUCCGAGGCCAACUACUGUGAACUGAACCCAGCCUUUGCCACGGGCUGUGACGGGGGAGCAAGGCCGCCCUUCUGUGCCCAGGACAGCUAUGUGGAGCUGCUGACAGCCAAGCAGAACGGGGCACCGGGUCCCCGGAACUCUGGCACCAACUACUUGAUCCUUGAUGACGAUGAUGGGGCAAGGCCUCGGGAGCAGCCGGCAGCGCAGGUAGACAAGGGGCAGGAGGACAAGGGCAAGUUUGUAAUGCCCCUCCUGGAGACCGCCUCCUCGUUCAGGCCCAAUGACUUUGAGUCGAAGCUCCUUCCUCCUGAGAACAAGCCCCUGGAAACAGCAAUGCUGAAGCGUGCAAAAGAGCUGUUCACCAACCGCGACCCCAAGGUCAUCGCCCAGCACAUGCUGAGCGUGGACUGCAAGGUCACUAGGAUACUCGAAGUCUCUGAAGAGAUGAGGAAGAACAUGGGCGUGAGCUCGGGGCUGGAGCUCAUUACCUUGCCUUAUGGUCACCAGCUGCGCCUGGACAUAAUUGAAAGACACAACACGAUGGCCAUCGGCAUUGCAGUGGACAUUCUGGGCUGCACGGGCACUUUGGAGGACCGAGCAGCCACCCUCAAUAGGAUUAUCCAGGUGGCGGUGGAGCUGAAAGACUCCAUGGGGGACCUCUAUUCUUUCUCGGCCGUCAUGAAAGCCCUGGAAAUGCCGCAGAUCACAAGGUUAGAAAAAACGUGGACUGCCCUGCGGCACCAGUACACCCAAACUGCCAUCCUCUAUGAGAAACAGCUGAAGCCUUUCAGCAAAAUCUUGCACGAAGGCAGAGAGUCCACAUGUGUUCCCCCAAACAAUGUUUCAGUCCCACUGCUGAUGCCUCUUGUGACCUUAAUGGAGCGCCAGGCUGUCACUUUUGAAGGAACUGACAUGUGGGAAAAAAACGACGAAAGCUGUGAGAUUAUGCUGAACCAUUUGGCAACAGCCCGACUCAUGGCAGAGGCUGCAGACGGCUACCGGAUGAAUGCCGAGAGGAUUCUGGAAGGUUUUCAACCAGAUGAAGAAAUGAGUGAAAUCUUCAAGACUGAAUUUCAGAUGCGAUUGCUGUGGGGCAGCAAAGGUGCACAAGUCAAUCAGGCAGAGAGAUACGAGAAAUUCAACCAGAUUUUAACUGCCCUCUCACGUAAAUUGGAACCUCCUCCUGUAAAGCAGGCAGAGCUUUGAUAACUCUCCAGAGAACCUGAGGAUAUUCUUUCAAGCUUCUCCAGUUUCUUCUUUGGGAAAGCUUAUGAUUUGAUAAAGUAAUAAUGUGCAAAUCUGACAAUAUACAAGCUUUUAGUAUCCACAGGAUAUUAAACAUGUAAAUUGCACAGAGCACACUUAUUUAUGAACUGUUUAAAAUUACUACUGAUUUUUUAAAUGAAUGAUAAUUUAUUAUUAGGGUAACUAUUGCUAAUGUUGAUCAGCAAAUUUAAGAGAAGACCUAGCCUAGCUAUGUUGGCUGGUUGCUUUAUAUUACCAAGGUAUUUGACCAUUUUAGUUUUAAUUCCAUGUCAGAUAAGUGUAAAUAGAAAAGACUUUAAAAGCAUGAAACAUUUCAGAAGGUAUCAGUUGUAUGAUAUUCUUUAAAUAUGAAAAGUGUAAAUAGUCAUGAAAAUAUAUCUUUUUGUGAAACAAUUGUAUCCAGUCUCUUUAAUGUUAAACCACUCAUCAUAGUACAGUAA